GUCCUGUUGCAGUACUUCCCGCAAUCACGGCGUGUCUACCACCACUCGCUACCAGCUCAGAUCGUCUCGCCGGCCGGCAACACGUCAGCGCACACACAGUCGCUUCAUUUGCGGGCUGCAGCGUUCGCGAGUCCCAACAUAGCUGAGAGCCCAGCACACAAUCCAGGCGACAGGAUAUUCCAGUGUUCAGAGACGGCCGAGGAUCCGACAAAAGUUCCUGAUUUCAAGGAUUAAGUAUCUUUGUCUACGCUUCAGGAGCUAAUGGGAUAAUUAAGCCGGAAAUAUAAACCCACUCGUCUGUGCAUUUCGGAGUUGUUGAAACAAUAUUUCUUCACUGUUGUGUGGGAUAGCAGCAGCAUGUGGGUUGUUGACGACGACAUUUAAUGAGCAGUUGUGUACCACCACGUGCAGGAAGAGGUUGUAGUGUCCUGUGUCCUACUGCUCAAACAGGGAAUUCGAGCAGUAUGUUUGCAAUGAAAAUUGGUUUCCAUAGAGAAACUUUUCAUUGGUAUCACAGUUAGUUCAGAACAUUCAUAAAGUGUUAAAGUUUAUGAAUUUAAAUCUUUUGCUAGAGUUGUGAAACUUUAAUUCGUCAGUCCUUCAAUGUAACGUCGUUGCCCAUAAGCCAACGUAAAAGUAUUUGUAUCAGGUUCAUUAUUAAUCGUUAACUUCUGACCAGUCAUGUACCGCGGCGUCAAAAGCGCAUUAUAAUUCACAUAACGUUUGGAGAUACAAGGCGGUGGCUGCUAACAAAGCAAUUGGCACUGUGGAAGGAACAUGGUGCAGAAUCCUUCUCGCUGACAUCCUUGCUUGGGUUACGUCCAACAGGUGCGGCAUUCUAUCAGUGUAAAGUUGCGAUCGUGCAGGGAAUUUACUAACCAGCGUCAAUAUUAUUUCUAACUACAGAAACAGCGGAACUGAAUGACUUAACAUGUUAACCUGAGCGCAAGGCUUACUUGGGCUUGACAAAUACGUUAACUGCUCACGAGGCGCUAAGCUUUAAAAGUUGGACUUCCAGCCGAGAAUGUAUCGUCACAAUCACCUGGAGCUACAGGGGCGUGUCUUGGUGCAGUAUAGGCAAAGUACCAUACACGCGUGGGGUUGCUGAAGUUGAAAUAUCUCUGCAUCUCAAUGUUCUGUUCUCUUCCUCUUGGUCUUCAACUCCUGUGGACCUAUUUGGAUGUCUGGUAGUGUUCAUGUCCUCGGUGGUUUUCUCACCUGAAGACGUAUUUUGGUCUGUCGAACAGCCUUCGGAUAUGUGGAUGUAAAAUCUGUUUAUUAAAGGGGUUUUAAUUGAAAGUUUACAACAUGGAGGAUCCACCACGUGUUUUGAACCGCAGUGACUGUAAGUACUACGACCCACAGGAAGGCCCUAUCCAACAGUGUUACACGUCAGACGAACACCUACUGGCCAGUAUAUAUGAGUAUAUUACUCCCCAACCCCAUGAAUGGGUUUUCACUGUCCUCUACGCCCUGGUAUUUGUGUUCGGUAUCACCGGGAACUUCCUGGUUUGCUACGCUGUAUGGCGUAAUCAUCAACUACGGACCACCACAAACUUUUUCCUUGUGAAUCUGGCUGUAGCCGAUUUUCUAGUGAUGAUGUUUUGCUUGCCACCAUCCUAUGCACAGACCCUGUUUGAAACUUGGUUCCUGGGACUUGCCAUGUGCAAGAUAAUAGAAUACUACCAGACCGUGUGCGUCAUUGUCUCCAUCCUGACCCUGACUGCGAUUUCCAUAGAACGAUGGUUUGCCAUUUGCCAUCCUUUGUCUUUCAAGGAGACGAAAACACGAGUGAUCAUGGCGCUCAUCUCCAUCUGGUUGACAGCGCAACUUGCGGCGAUACCCAGGCUGUUCAUAAUGACGGAGAAUAACGACGCCAUAAUACCACGCAACCUCACAAUGCUGAUUACGUCGUGUUCUCCCAUAAUCGAAAUGAAAACAUUUGCCUUUCACUACGAACUUUUUGUGUUUGUAACUUUUUACAUUCUCCCUAUUAUCGCUAUGGGAUACACAUAUGCUAAAAUCGCCUUGUGUCUGUGGUCAAGCAUGAAAGCUGGACAGCUCACCGAGGGCUCCCAAAAUGCUGUCGCGUCGCAAGUGCGUGCCCGACGUCGCAUAGCAAAGAUGUUGAUUGUGGUGGUCGUUGUUUUCAUCCUGUGUUUCCUGCCCGUGUACGCUUGGAAUAUAGUCAGAAUGUCCAUAGAUAACAUGGAUGAUUACCUUGGCCCCACCACUAUCUCUAUACUGACACUGACAGGACACUGGCUCGUCUAUUUCAACAGUGCCAUUAACCCUAUCAUCUACAACUUCAUGAGCGGCAAGUUCCGUAAAGAGUUCCGCACAGCAUGUUCCUGCUGGCUUCCCACAUGUGGAAGAAGGGGGAAAAGCUCUUACACCAACCACGAACUGGAACCAUUAUCCUCAAAGAGAUUCCACCUGAGCGGGCAAAGAUACAGAGUCGGGGAGUAUGACUCAUCGGAUAUGAGUCGCGUAAAGACUUCAGUCACAGAAGCCUGAUACCAACAGCCGGGAGUAUAGAACAACCAGGAUGGAACCGUGUGGGCCAAACCAAAGGCCACUUUGGCAAUAUACUGGAUACAAACAGCUAGAUGUAAUGCUAGAGUGUGUAUCGUUUUCUAUUGCAAAUUCAAUGCACUGGUUAGGAAUGUAAUGGAAGUCCUUGAUAAAAGUCCACUUUGUGAUCCAAUUGUCGCUGUCAGAGGACUGAUGCAACCACUGAAUUUUCUUAAUGUAUAUGUUUGUACAUUGACUGAAAUACGUACGACCAUAGGUAUCUUGUUGAAGUGCCUGUGUCUUUCUGAAGCUGAGAAUUACCAGUCUAUUGAACCAACAAGGAGGAGACUAAAACUGGCAUCUCUGGAUGAACAUGGAUGUGUGGAUCAUAGGUGUACGGUCACGUCACUAUAUUCUAACAUUUCCUACCUUGUGUGAUUCAUCUUGAUGUCGUUAGGACGAUUUUGUGACAGUGACCCUUCUUGGAUGGAAGAACUCGACAAGGCAGAUAUUUCUGAAAUGCACGAUUGUAAACGGUUGCAGUUAUUAUAAUUACAAAUACAGUUUGCUACAGCUGGUGAGCUCUACUUCUAUGCUAUGAUGUGAUGCUACAUUGCUGCAUCUUGACAUGUACGUAUAUCGAACAUAUAUACUGUAGCCAACUCUUAGUUAUUGUACAUAUGCAUUAUAUAUGUGUGAACACAUGUUACACUAAUUGAUCAUACAAAUUGUGACGUAUAUUUUAUGAUAAAAAACCCCAUCUAAAUAUUGCAAAAGUUAGUAUUAAAAGUCAUCAGUCCAUGAGUGUGUGAACUUUGAACCCAGAAAUAUCUCAAAAGGAAAAGUGAUUAUGACUGAUGCAACUCAAAAGUAACUAUGCCCUCAUAAAUGUAUUGAAAAAUAAAACAAAUAAUAAGAUGGCUCUACUAUGUGAUCAUUUUUGGAACUUUGUAUGCCAGGAAAAUCAAAAGAAAUAAAAAGCUAUCCAUCGCGACCGAUGUAGAAAAGUACACAAUUCUUGCAUCCUUAACACAUAUCGAUCUCCGAUAGAAAUGGAUACAGCCUGUUGUAACAAACAUUGCUAAAAACACUUUUCAAGUCACGAAAACUUCUACAGUUAUUCCUCACCACACUAACUUCCCGUAGGUAUAAAUCUGAAAAUAACCAAGAGGAUGCAUGAAGUGUACUUCUGAAAAUACGAAUACUGAAGGCAUGUGCCAUCAAGACCAUUCAUGUGCAGUAGUACUAGUAUUUACAGGAUCGUUUUUGCCAUAUUUUUUGUAAUCUGUAUCGCACUCAAAAUAUUGAAGUUU